GCCACAAAAAAUCGCAUUUAUCACAGGAGGAGCAUCAGGAAUCGGGCUCUCAGUCGCAAAGGCCCUUUCCUCGCACCCCACCGUCUCCUGGGAGAUCCACAUAGCUGAUCUCAACGCAGAGGCAGGGAAACAAGCCCUAUCAGAGUUGAUGAAUGCCCACUUCCACCAAGUAAACGUGACCGACUACGCUUCGCUCAGCCGCGCUUUCGAAGCAGCCUACAAUGCCUCUCAACGGCUAGAUUUCGUCUUCGCCAACGCCGGCGUCGUCGAGAAAGACAAUUUCUACGCACAGCAUGAUGUGCAGGGUCCGCCACCACCGCCGCCAAACCAGCUGAGCGUCGACAUCAAUUACAAAGCCGUCGUGGAUACAUCGUACCUAGCCCUCCACUACUUCCGCAAAGCGAAAUCCCGACGCGAGAACAGCGAACUGGAUCCCGUACUGGUCAUGACAGCGUCAUGUGGAGCGUUGUAUCCAAGCGAGUUCUGCCCCAUGUAUUCUGGCUCCAAAGCCGCAGUCAUGCAUUUCAAUCGCGCCAUUGCCGUUGCCUAUCACCACGAAGGCAUUCGCACAUUGUCCAUAUGUCCCGGGAUGAUCAGAACAGGCCUCAUGACGCAGGAAGAAUGGUCGUUUUUCCAGCCCGAGCAGUUCACGCCUGUGGAAAGCGUGCGCGAUACUGUCGUCAAGCUGGUCGACGGCGGCGACUUGAAAGACGCAAAGGGAGUGAGCAAGAGUCGCAGCGAGAUGUGGGGAUUGACGGUGGAGAUUAAUGGGCAGAAUUUUUACUUUAGGGAGGCUCCGGAGUUUUGUGAUGACAAUAUGAGGACGAUGAUGGCGCAUACGAGUAUGACGACGCAGUUGGCGCGGAUUGAAGCCGCGCAGAAGGGUGCGUCAAAGUUGUGAAGAUGUUAUUUUUUU